AUGAGAUAUACACUUCUAUUUAGACAAAUCUUUUCUUUAUUAAACAAUUUAAAAUAUUUAAAUUUCGAUUCAUCUGCAGGUUGUUCUUCAAACUUAUCAUUUUACAGUUUACAUCCAAUUGAUGUCAGUUCAACUCUCUUAGAAUUACAUGUCGCUUUGGACAACUUCAAUGAUUGUAUUUAUUUACUUGACGGAUGUUUUCAUCAACUUCAAACGCUUUGUGUUCGUAUGUUCAUGAUUCCUUUAUCAGAUACAACAAUUAGCAAUAAAGAAAAAAUACCUAAUUUAAGAUGUUUUUCCCUACAUUGUAAUACGAAAACAAAAGCUUAUGGUGAAUUGAUUGUACCACUUUUACAGCGAAUGUCGAAUUUAGAAAAACUUGAUUUGUAUUUUACAGUUGUUAACAAACGAAUGUUUGUUGAUGGUAAUAAGUUGAAGAAGAAUAUAAUCAAUUAUAUGUCACGAUUAAAAACAAUUUCGUUUAAUAUUCGUUCAAUUAUUGAUCUUUAUAAUCAAACUAAUUUACCAUCAAAUGAAGAUAUUCGACAUAUAUUCAAAGAUUUUCAAGAUAAUCAAAUUAUUUGUUGUGUUGAUUAUUUUCUAGAGACUGAUAGAGCUGAAUAUCUUAUUUAUUCAUAUCCAUAUAGACUGAAAGAUUAUGACCAAAUUUUGAAUAAUUUUACUGGUGGAAUUUUUGAAUGUGUCCGUAAUAUAACUUUAUUUGAUGAACAUUCUUUCGAACAUGAAUUUUUUCUUCGAGUUUCUCAAUCAUUUCCAUUUAUGAAAAGUUUAAAUGUAAUGAAUGACAAGUCACAAAAAAACAAUUUACAUAGUAGACCGAAGAAGAACAAUCAAGAUUUACCAAUCAUUAAAUAUCUUCAUCUUGUUAAACUUGAUCUAACUGAUGCUCACGAUGAUUAUAUCAAACAAUUUCUAGUUGAUUGA